AUGCCCCAAAGCGACACCCACUCCCACCAAAACGGUGAAACCACCGUCACCACCUCCAUCCACGCUCCCCUUUUGACCCUCCACCUGCAAGCCAUGACCUCCACAACAUCCACCUCCACCGACCCCCUCCCCUCAGACGAAGGCGCCGCAGCCGUCCGCGCCGUCAACAAACGCUUCGAGGGCCUCUUAACUGUCCGCACGAAGGCAAUCAAAGGCAAGGGCGCCUGGUACUGGGCCCACCUCGAGCCCAUCCUCGUUCCUCACCCCGACACCGGCCUACCGAAAUCAGUCAAACUCAAAUGCUCCCUCUGCGACUCUCUCUUCUCUGCUUCAAACCCUUCUCGAACAGCUUCCGAACACUUAAAGCGUGGAACUUGCUCCAACUUCAGCUCCGGUUUGAGACCCGGUUCGGUCCCUUCUCCCCUCCCCAUUUCCUCCAUCAUUCCCGGUUCGAACCGCAAAAGGGGUUCCCCUCAAAUGGGUGCCACGUCACCUCCUUCUUAUCAAAAUCACUCCUUGGCCAUGGUGGAGUCUUCCCGCUACGACAUCGGGUACACCCAGAUGCAGAAUAGUAACAACAACAACAGCAAUAGCAAUAACAAUAAUAAUAAUAAUAACAUUAUGCACUUGCAGCAUCACGGCCAGGGCCAACAGCAUUUAAUGUUGUCGGGCGGGAAGGAUGAUUUGUGUGCUUUAGCCAUGUUUGAGGACAGUGUGAAGAAGUUGAAGAGUCCCAAGACUUCUCCUGGUCCUGCUUUGAGCAAGGACCAGGUGAAUUCUGCUUUGGACUUGCUCUUUGAUUGGUUCUAUGAGACUUGUGGUUCUGUGUCUUUGUCGAGCCUGGAACAUAGAAAGUUUCAGGCCUUUUUGAGCCAGGUUGGGUUGCCCAGCAAUUUGAGAAGGGAGGUUUCUGGGGGGAGGCUCGAUGCUAGGUUCGGGGAGGCCAAGGCUGAGUCCGAGGCUAGGAUUAGGGACGCCAUGUUUUUUCAGUUGGCAAGUGAUGGGUGGAAGAGUGGGGGUUUGUUUAAUUUUAACGUGUGCUGUGGUGGGGGGGAGAGUUUGGUGAAGUUUGUGGUGAAUCUCCCCAAUGGGAGUAGUGUGUUUCAGAAGGCUGUGUUCACAGGUGGAGUGGAGAAUUCUAAGUAUGCAGAGGAGGUUUUGUGGGAGACGGUUACGGCGGUUACCGGGAGUGUUGUCCAUAGGUGUGUGGGGAUUGUGGCAGACAAGUUCAAGGCCAAGGCGUUGAGGAACUUGGAGUUGCAGCACCAUUGGAUGGUCAACACUUCCUGCCAGCUUCAUGGGUUGGUUAGCUUGAUCAAGGAUUUUAACCGCGAGUUGCCACUUUUCAGGGUUGUGAUUGAGAAUUGUUUGAAGAUUGCGAAUUUUAUUAACAAUGAGUCGCAGGUGAGGAGUGUUUUCCUCAAGUGCAGGGUGCAGGAGAUGGAUUGCGGUGGGCUGAUUCGCAUGCCUUCGCCUAAAUGUGAUCCGUUGAAGAAUUUUGAAUUGGUGUUUCCUAUGUUGGAGGACAUUUUGAGUUGUGCCAGAGUGAUACAGAUGGUUGUGAUGGAGGAUGGGUUUAAGGUGAUGUGUAUCGAGGAUACGGUGGCGAGGGAGGUUGCAGGGAUGGUGCAGAAUGAGGGGCUUUGGAAUGAGUUGGAGGCGGUUUAUUCGCUUGUGAAGCUUGUUAGAGGGAUGGUGCAAGAUGUUGAGGCAGAGAGGCCAUUGAUUGGUAGGUGUUUGCCUCUUUGGGAGGAGCUGAGGACCAAGGUGAAAGAGUGGUGUGGGAAGUUCAACAUUGUGGAAGGACCUGUGGAGAAGAUUGUCGAUAAGAGGUUUAGGAAGAAUUAUCACCCUGCGUGGGCAGCAGCGUUUAUACUUGAUCCACUUUACUUGAUUAAGGAUGCAAGUGGGAAGUAUCUUCCUCCGUAUAAGUGUUUGACACGGGAACAGGAGAAGGAUGUGGAUAAGUUACUGACGAGGCUGGCUUCACGAGAAGAGGCUCAUGUUGUGUUGAUGGAGCUAAUGAAAUGGAGGUCAGAGGGGCUUGAUCCGCUUUAUGCACAGGCUGUUCAGAUGAAGCAGAGGGAUCCAGUAACAGGGAAGAUGAAAGUUGCAAAUCCACUGAGUAGUAGACUUGUGUGGGAAACAUGUUUGAGUGAGUUUAAAUCCCUGGGGAAGAUUGCAGUGAGACUUAUUUUUCUGCAUGCAACUUCGUGUGGGUUUAAGAGUAAUUGGUCUUUUAUGAGGAAAAUUUCAGCUAAUAAACAGUCAAGAGUUGCCUUGGAGAGGGCUCAGAAAAUGAUAUAUAUUGCAGCUCAUGCCAAGCUUGAAAGGAGAGACUUUUCCAGUGAGGAAGAGAAGGAUGCAGAGCUGUUUGCCAUGUCUGGUAGUGAGGAUGGCAUGCUGGCUGAGGUCUAUGCUGAUGCUCCCUUAGUGUAA